GUUAUUUAAAAAAGGCAGGUGUUCUAUAAUUUGCAAGUUGUCCAAAAUCACCCUACAACGACGUCAUUUCAUGCCACAAUUUCCAUUUCUUCAUCUUCUUCACUAUUCACGUUUCUCCAACCAUGUCUUAAAACCUUUUUUUACCUUAGUCUUUAUGUCUGGUCGCUCUUUCAACUACCCAAAAAAACAAACACACACACAAAAAAAAAAAGAAUCUGAAGAUCUCAAAAAAUAAAUAAACAUUACUAUUCCUAAAAGAAAGGAAAAAAAAAAAAGUGAACUCUGGUAAUGUCUAGUGGACUUCCAGGAGGGGCGUUAAGUCCAACGUUACCGUUAAUUCCGGCGGAUAAUGCAACUCCGCCGCCGUCUCCGCCAUCACCGGAAGUUACAAGUCAGCCGUCUCCGGCGACCUCGAUAAUCCCGCCACCCUCAUCGAAUAAUACUACGCCACGUGGCUCGUCGAAUAGUACUACUAUAGUAGCUCUUGGUGUUGGAAUUGGAAUUGGUGGAGCACUAGUGCUUAUUUGUGUGGGUAUUUUUGCACUUUGGUAUAAGAGGAGAAAAAAGAGACUUGGUUUGGAAGGUUUUGGUCACGAUCAUGCUGCACAAGGUCCUAAAGAUAAUUUGUUUGGAGGUCAACAUCAUCAUUGGCAACAAAAUGCUCCUCCACCACGAAAUCCCUUUCCUCCACCAGUCGUUAUGUCAGGUUCAGAAGUAUCUUCAGUAGAUGGAUUUACUCCUCCACUCCCACCUUCCACUGGUAGCAACUUGAGUUCUGACAAACCUUUUCUACAAACAAAUCCUGAUUCCAACUUGAGUUUCUCUAGAACUACAUUCACCUAUUCAGAAUUAGCACUUGCUACCGAGGAUUUUUCUGUUUCUAACCUCCUUGGUCAAGGUGGUUUUGGAUAUGUAUACAAGGGAGUAUUCCAUGAUGGGAAGGAGGUUGCAAUUAAACAACUAAAAGUUGGAAGUGGGCAGGGGGAGCGUGAAUUUCAAGCAGAGGUGGAGAUUAUUAGUCGCGUUCAUCAUAAGCAUCUUGUUACAUUGGUUGGACAUUGCAUUUCAGGGGCGCAGAGGUUGUUAGUUUAUGAAUAUGUGCCAAACAAAACCUUGGAGUUCCACUUGCAUGGAGACAUAACUGCAGGCAAGGAGGAUCCGCCACUAAGCUGGGAAACUAGGAUGAGAAUUGCUUUGGGCUCUGCAAGAGGAUUGACAUAUCUGCACGAAGACUGUCAUCCAAAGAUUAUACAUCGCGAUAUCAAGGCCUCCAAUAUUCUUCUAGAUGACAAUUUUGACGCAAAGGUUGCCGAUUUUGGGCUUGCGAGGUUGAAUUAUGACACUGAUACUCACGUCUCCACACGAGUAAUGGGAACUUUUGGGUACUUAGCUCCUGAGUAUGCUCUUACUGGUAAACUGACUGAUAAGUCUGAUGUCUUCUCUUUUGGAGUCAUGCUUUUGGAGAUUAUAACUGGACGACGGCCAAUAGAUAAAGCUCAACACUAUCUCGACGACAAUAUUGUUGACUGGGCGAGGCCUUUGCUUACCCAGGCUCUGGAUGAUAACAACUUUGAUACUCUGGCUGAUCCAAGAUUGGAGAAGAAUUAUGACUCUGCUGAGAUGACCCGAAUGGUCACUUGUGCUGCUGUUUGUGUGCGCCAUCUGGCACGUCGCAGGCCUCGUAUGAGUCAGAUUGUCAGAGCUCUAGAAGGAAAUUUGCCAUUGGAUGAGUUAAAUGACGGACUUAGACCUGGACAUAGUGGUAUACAUGAAUCUUAUGGAAGCUCGGAUUUCGACUCUGCCCAGUACAAAGAAGACCUAAAGAAAUUUAGGAAAAUGGCACUAGAAAGUCAGACACAGAACUCUAGUGGAUGCAGUGGACCUACCAGUGAAUUUGGACCCCAUCCCUCCGGUUCAAGUAGUGAAGGCCUAAGAACAACUCAAGAUACACGCCCUAGUUUUGAAGGUCGGCGAGACAUUAAAAUAGAGUAGAAGGCAGUUAGCAAGCAGAAAAGAGUGAUUAUUUAUUUAAUGGAAAGGAGCAAUGUAAUGAACUCUUCUCAGAAAUUGUUGGAUUUGGUAGUUUGGUAAGAAAUUUGUUGAAUUUGGCAUACCUUUUAUAUGCCACUGCUCUUUGUAAUUAUCAAGUUAUCUAGGUGCUGUUGCAGAUUUUUUUGCUGUUACAUGUAAAGAUAGAAUGAUUAAAGCAGUUCAGGAAGUCAUGAGAACUUCCACUUGGUGAAAGUGUCAACAAUUGUUAAAA